UGUUCGCUCCCUGCGGGAGGAGGCACGCAGGAAAUUGGGGCUGAGUUGCUACUCUAGCAACUCAACCCAGCCUGUUAGCGAGGGGCGGGGGGAUGGGGUUUUAGGUACCGUCCAUCCGGACUCCGAGCCAAGCCCCCCUUCCACCCAGAAAUCUCCCCCACCCCCAGCAGCACCUCUGCCCUUGCAUGGACCAGUGGGGUGGGGGAGCCGAGGUCUGGUUCUGCGCAUGUUUGAGAGGAGAUCGGAAACUUUUUCUUUGCUUCUGAACAGCCUCCGAGGGCCGCGGGGCGGGGGAGGGGGACAGAGAUUGAGGAAGAAAAUGGCGAGUCGCGGGAGUUGCGUGGAGAAAGCGGCUUUUCUCUGCGCCUUCCUGCUGGCCACUUGGAGCCUGGCGUCCUGCGCCCAAGCGGAGCCGGAGGAGGAAGGGCGAGACGACCAGCGCUCCUGUCACGGGGCCUUCGAUCUCUACUUCGUCCUGGAUAAGUCUGGAAGCGUCAGAAACCACUGGACAGAGAUCUACUCUUUUGUCGAGAGCCUGGCUGAGAAGUUUAUAAGUCCAAUGCUGCGCAUGUCCUUCAUUGUCUUUUCCUCGCGAGGCACUACGAUCAUGAAGCUAACAGAAGACAGGGAAGCCAUAAGACGGGGGCUUGAGAUUCUUCAGUCUGAAAUGCCUGGAGGAGACACAUUCAUGCAUGAAGGAUUUAAAAGGGCAAAUGAACAGAUUUACCAUGAAAACUAUGGAGGACUCCGGACAGCUAGUGUGAUUAUUGCUCUGACAGAUGGGGAGUUGCAAGAGGUUCAGUUUUAUUAUGCAGAAAAAGAAGCCGACAGAGCCAGAAGCCUCGGAGCUAUCGUUUAUUGUGUUGGAGUGAAAGACUUUAAUGAAACUCAGCUGUCUACAAUUGCUGACAGCAUUGAUCAUGUUUUCCCGGUAACGGGCGGCUUUUAUGCCCUAAGAGGCACUAUUGAUUCGAUUCUGAAGAAAUCCUGUAUUGAGAUCCUAGCAGCUGAACCAUCCAGUGUCUGUGCAGGAGAAUCCUUUCAAGUUGUGGUAAGAGGAAAUGGCUUUUAUCACGCAAGAAACAUCGAUCAAGUUCUCUGCAGCUUCAAGAUCAAUGACACCAUAACAAUCAAUGAAAAACCGACUAUUGUGCAAGACACCUAUUUACUUUGCCCUGCACCAGUAAUAGAAGACAUUGGACAGGUGGUUUUCCUCCAAGUCAGCAUGAACAGCGGGCUAACGUUCAUCUCCAGCUCUGUCAGCAUCACCAGCACACAGUGUCUCAGUGGGACGAUCCUUUUCAUCGCACUCUUAAUUCUGUUCCUGUUGCUGGCUUUGGCGCUGCUUUGGUGGUUCUGGCCUUUGUGCUGCACGGUGGUCAUCAAGGAGCCUCCACCACCACCCCCUCCAGAGCCUGAAUCGGAUGAUGAAGAUGGAUUGCCAAAGAAAAAGUGGCCAACCGUGGAUGCAUCUUAUUACGGAGGCAGAGGUGUUGGUGGAAUUAAGAGGAUGGAGGUGAGGUGGGGAGACAAAGGAUCAACGGAGGAAGGGGCCAAAUUAGAGAAGCCCAAAAACGCCGUCAUCAAAUUGCCAGAGCAGGAGUAUGAGCCAUGGGAGCCCAAGCCGAAGAAACACAAUGUGAGGAAGCCACCUUCCCAGAGGAAGUGGUACACUCCAAUCAAGGGCAAACUUGAUGCGUUAUGGGCUCUGGUUCGACGAGGCUACGAUCAAGUCUCUCUUAUGAGACCACAGCCAGGGGAUAAGGGGCGAUGCAUAAACUUCACCCGGGUGAAAUCAGACGGAAGCACCACCCCAUACCGCCCGCCGCCGAAGCACGACGCCACCCCCCUCAACAACGCUCCGAGAAGCACCUCGCCUUCGGCCUCUCUGCAGCCUCCUUCCAGGCAGCCGCCUCCUGGACCACCCCCAUCCCGAGUGCCCCCGGGACCUCCUCCGGCGCGCCCGCCCCCACAACCCCUGGCUUAGAGUGCGGCAAAAACCAAGAUUGCUCUCUGCUGAGCAUGGCAUAUUUAUUGAGGCUUGGUUUACAGUCGAAAGAUAGCGAAAUUUGUUGCUGGUCAGCAAAAAAAAAAAAUUUGCCAAGUGUCAGUUUUACUGUAUAAAUAUAUUUAUGCCACACGUGCUGAGUAAACAUUCAGUGGAUAAUUCUGGAGCUACUGGAUGUAGAACAAAACCGAAACAAUCAUCUAGACACAGUAGCAGUGUUUAUAUAGUUAUAUAUACACACGCACACACAUUCUUCAGAUUUAUCCACACAUGACGUUUGUAUGACAUUAUAUGUCCUAUCAUACAUGAAAACCCAAGCCAGAUACACAUGCAUCAGUCAGUUGAAAGGUGCCACCUGCAAAUAAGUUGGGUAGACGUAGGGAAUUGAAAGUUGCUCUUCUCCCCACAAACACAACGUGAACAGGGAGCUGUGAUUACAAGGGAGCAUUCUCCUUGGUUUGUUCUGCAGGGGGAAUUUCCCUGGGUAAUGAUAACAGAGCAAGGUGAGCUAUUCACCAUGCAGUUCCAGUGAUUUAGGGUGUGGAAUCUGCCCUGUGUUGUUUUUUUUCCCCGAGAAGCUCAGUUUUGAAACCAAAAUCUUUGAUUUAACUAGAUUUGGCCUUUGUUCUUAAUUUCAUCAGACAGGCCGUAAAGGCUAAUUUGGGUUUCUGAAAACCUCAGACUGGGGCAGAUCUUUCCAAAGUUCAGGGGAAUGUGGAAAAAAGUUUCUAGGUUUUUUGCAUUUUUAAAUUUUCAUUUACAUAAAAAGGCCUCCCACAUGGAACAGAAAUAUAUGUCCCUUAUAUGUGAUUGCUACUGUAUAUAAGUAGCAUGCUUGAUACAUCAGACAUACAUGGGAACACACAGGGACUGAUCCCAUGUCUGUUUCCCAUAGACUUCACUGCUAGCAGGAGCAAAGGAUUGAGCUCUUUUGUGAUUCAGAUGAAAACAUAUCUGAGUCCUUUUAUAUAUCAGAGACCCCCCUGCCCUCAAUAUGGAACAUUACUAACUAUCUGUGUGUAUAAAACACACCGAAUCUGAUCUGACAGAUUUGGGCUUUUCUUUUGGUUUUUAUUCAUGCUAAACCUGUGGGACUCCCAAACAUUGAUGAGCCUCAGUUGUGUCUGACACUAAGCAGAGACACAAGUGCAUGCAUGUAGGUGGGGAAUAUCUGACGUGGGAUUACAGGGUGCCUCAUGACUGGAGCUUGCUAAAUGCUAAAGCCUGAGUGGUUUGUACCCAGCUCAUCCCUAGUGAAGCAAAAUAACUCAUGGACUUACAUUGCUCGCCCCAUCCUGUAUUAUACUGCACCAGAAAGGGUGUCUUCAGAGCCACGUGUAAAUGGUAUUACUGGAAUCGUAGAGAGGAUGUCCAUGUUGCAUCAUAGAAUCGUAGGAUUGGAAGGGACCUUGAGAGUUCCUUGCACUCAUGGCAGGACUAAGUAUUGUGUCUUAUUGGCAUGGUCUAUCUGUUUGUGUAGGGGAGCAGGUACAACCUUGCACCUGUUCUUGGCCAUAUAAUCCCAAGAGGAAACUGUAGUAAUGCCUUGCAUUUACUCUCGCUUUAUGGCAUCUGCACGCUUUAAGUGGCCUUAGGGUAGAUGAGAAUCAGGCUUGUUUUUUCCAGUGGAAAUGCCCAGUUGCAGAACCCAAUAACUAGCUCCCACCAUUCUAUGCUGAUCAUCGUUACAGGCUGUGUGUACAGAACAGAGAUGAUAAAGGGCCCAACAAGGCCUAAUUGGUAAAGACACACAGUGCUAUGGCAUGUUGUUGGGCCAUAAACUCAGCUCACAGGAAUCAGGGUAACUCCACAGAAGUCAGAGGAGCAGCAUCCAUUUACACCAGCUGCAGAUCUGGUCCCAUUGACUACACUGGAAUUGCUCCUGGUUUAGACCUGAGACAGCAAAGCACUGAAGAAUGUGGUUAACUUUAGGUCUGUGAUUAAAUUCCAUUGAAGUCAAUAGGAUUAUUUGCAUGCUCAAAUUGGGGCCUCACAGUGCACUGAGAGGAGAAUCAGGUACAUUACUUAUAGCUCGGUCCAGUCCUACCUCCCUUACUCCACAUGAGUGCAGUCUGCCGGGUUGGCCCAUACAUGGCAGAGACAGAGAGAAUGGCUUGUGUGGGUUAACAUCUCCUAUCUGGAUUACUCCCCCUCCAUUUAAAGCAUUUGCUUUGAGAGCAACACUGCCAUAUCUGCAGCCAAUGUGAUAUCUAAUUAGUCAGCAGUUGUUUGUUCUCACUGCUUUGAGUUGAAUGACAAAAAUAAUGUGUCUUAUUCUCCAUUUCAGUUAUGGCGAAACUCCACUACCUUCAGUGAAGGGACUGGAUGAGCCGGGGGAGAGUGGGAAUGGGCUGCCAACUCUUUCAUGGCAAGACCAUCCAUUUAGCCCAGACUGGUAAUGACUGGAAGUUGGUAUUGCCUGAUAUCUCUUUGGAGGCCUCUGUGAAAUGAGUUGGUGGGGCUCAGCCCAGCCCCUAGCGGACAGGUGUCUACAUCACAAUAAGCAGUUGGCAUUAACCGUCCCUCUUGUUGGCAAUCUCAGCAGAGGCCGAUAAUUGAAAUGACAAAGGAUACUGAACAUCCCUCCCAGCCUCAAGCGCUGUCAUUGAGAUCUGGCACAUUGGUGGCGAAGCUUGUGCGGCUACUGCCUGUGCAUAUAGAAAGGACAUUAGGGUUGUCAGACCUUUCACCAACACUUAAUUCACCACCAGGGGGGACUGAGGUACUAUUGAGACCCACCGUGCUGGGAGCAAAUAACAAGCAGGGGAACUUAACCUACAAAAAUUGGUUCUAUUUAUAAAGUUUUUCUUGAUGGGCCAGGACUACUGUUAGCCAGUGAGAAAAGCAGCCAAAUUCUGUCAUCGCUUACUCCUGUGUAAAUCCAGAGUAGCUCCAACGACUUUUAUGGGGUCACUGCAGAUGUACACCCAGUGUAAAUGCCAGCAGAGUUUGGCCCAGGGAUCUGUGUUACAUAUGCCAAUGCCUAAAGGUUUUUCACAAGCUAUUCAAACAGCUGACUCAUCUGCAGAUUGACAGGUAUAACAACUCUUUUACCUUUGCAAAAAUGUGUCUAGUCUUGGCUGUGCAAGGAAUCCAUCUUCAGUAAACUCAUGUGCACAGCUGGGAUUGCAGUUGCGUGGGAUUCCAGAUGAUGAGAUCCAUUCACAGUGUGACUCCAUCUCUUCUAAAACCACCCUAGCAUACAACUGGAGGAGGGCAAGGUGUUUCCAUUAGUAUCUAUGGCUAGAGAGUUAAAUUCCCAGGAAAUCGCUUUUUGUUUGUAUUGCAAAUCUGCCCCUGCAGUGUCUGCAACCCACGCACUACAGCAUUGUGUGAGCUGGACAGUGAAAUUGGUGAGAAGCAAAAGGGAAACUGACCAGUGUAUUUUCAUUGUUCGAGGUGAAUGCAGCACUAAAUGUAAACCUAGGGCACUGGCUGCAGAAAGGACAUUUGGACUUGUACAAAUCUUUUCCAUUUUCAUUAUUUCAGGAGUUACAAUAACACAGGUGAAGCAAUUUGGCUUUUUUGUAGUCUAUUGUGUCAGAGCCUCGGUUGAUUUAAAUUGGCGUUGCUCCAUGGACUUCAAUGGAGCUGUGCCACUUUGCACCAGCUGAGGAUCUGGCCCAGGAUUUUUAACCUGACGGUGUCCCUUUCACUGGCCUGACAGUUGAAUAUGCUAUUGUUGUUUUCGUCUGUAUGGCCAAUUGUGAUUACAGUGCUCCAUAGCAAACACUGUAAAGAAGUGUUUCAAAGGGAAUGACUCACCAGUACCUUGGAGCCUCCCGUCUCAUUUUUACCUGUGCACCGUGAGUGUCUAAUUCUUUCCCUGGCAUGAUUGGAGAAUCUGGAUUUGGGAGCAUCUGGCACACACUUAACACUGGUGUAAACAGUAAUGCAAAAUGCAAAGCAGUGGAGAAUCAGACUCCAAGUGAUCAGGAUUCAUCCAAGACCAUUGUGGUUUAGCCUAUUAAGGGCUGUGUACCAACCUCAGUUCAUGAUGCAUCAAGAUCAAGGCUGUGGGUCAAACAGUCCUAAAUCUAAAAAGGUCAGCUCCUAUCAUUAGUGAGUGAACUCAGUGAUGGAUUGAUUCAUGAACUGUACCAGUUCAGGUGCACAUGCACCUGUUGUUCUCUAAGCCUUUAUAUUCUUGUCAUGGCUUUUGUCAAUGUGAUCUGCACCAUCCUUUGACUUUUUCAUUUAAAAAAAGCAUUUUCCUGAGAAAGCAGCCCAGCUUCUGUAAAUAUAGAGAGUUUAACACAGAGUAGACAGGACACUUCUGGACUUUACUGCUGGACAGUUAGAGUAAUUUAUUAAAAGGGGCUUGAGAUGAAUAAAUACAGGUGGCCCAGGAUGCUAUGCAUGGGAAUGUGGUAAUACGGUAUGGUAUUCUUAAAUUGUUCUCUGUAGCUUUGGGAAACAGGAAUUAUUGGGUACUGGUAGUACAUUUAGCCAUUUGUUACUGAUCUGAUGCUUUUGAGUAAUGCAAAAUGUAGGAAAACCAGGAAAUUUCUAACUUUUAACAAUGCUUGAACAGAUAUGUAGAUAAUGAUAGAUUUACAUUUUGGGGAAGAGAGAAAUUGCUUGGUUUAUAAGGGAAAACAAUGUACUGUACAAAUAUUUUCUAGAAAGAUGUACGCUCUCAGAAGUAGUGGGGAUGUGGGCUGACAUGACAGCCAUAAAACGUUGGGGACAGAGGAAGUUGAUGGAACGUGUUGGAUUUCUUAUUGCUAAAGUUUAAGGGGGUUCUUCAUGGGGGUUUGUUGCCGGUACAUGUGGUACAACUUUCUGUAACUAACAUGCUGCUUCCAUGUUAUAAUUGUAUAACCUUUAUGCAUUUUGUGCGCCUGCUCCAUUUCUCUGAAAAACCCUGCGACAAUAAUAUCUACAUGCAAAUGUGGGAAAUGUAGCCAAAAUCUCAUAAUCCAACGUAAUGUAGUCUUAAUGGAUUUUAAAUCAGCAAUAAAAGUGCUUAACGGUUA